CAAGCGCCUAGUGCGUUGCCGAACUACUUCCCGGGACGUGGUCUGCCUUGCCAACCGGACAGUGAGGCACCGCGAAUAGCCGGGCAUCUGCGCUGAUUUAUAAACGCACCAUCGCCUCAAAGCAUUUCACUCACGUGUAUUUCUUUCAGUCUCGUCCGCUUUACCAUGGAAGAUUGGACACAAACGAGCUCACUAGAAAUGGCGCUUCAAAAAAUCAAGAUACCCAUCCUAUCAUUGCAAGUUCAGCGACGACCUCCGCUCUGUCGGCCCCGGUACACCCUAGCGCCCAUCGAAUCCCUUCCGAACGAGCUCCUCUCCGAGAUCUUCGCGUUCGGCGCCGGAGGAGCAUCUACUGUCUCAUUCGACGACUCUGACGACUUUCACGACCUCAUUUCCCUCCCCAUCACCGUCUCCCAUGUGUGCCGUCACUGGCGCCAAGUCGCCUUGUCUACGGCGACCCUGUGGUCGACGAUUGUCCUUACGUUCCCCAGCAGCUCGGUUCAGCUCACGCGGACCCUGACUUGGCUCCACCGCUCUCGCAAUCGCGCACUCCAUCUGUUCCUUGACUUCCGUGACCCGGACUGGAAUUGGUCGGAGAAUACCCAUCCGUUCUCAUGGAAAAGCAUGGAGAACGUCAUGCGUCUCCUCGUACCCCACGCCCACCGCUGGUCGCGUGUUGAGCUCCUCACCGACACCUGGUCCCCCAUCUUCACCUUCCUCUGGUACGCGUCGCGUAUCACCUCCGCCCCCAUCCUCGAAGACAUCAAGGUCUCGCGCUGCAACGCCUUCUUCGCAUCCAAGGGGGAGACGUUCCGCCCGCUCGACAUGCGCACGCCCAUCGCGUGGUUCAACAGCGGUACCGCACUCACAAACCUACGGCGUGUCAGCCUCGCGGGCGUUCACGUGGACUGGGCACACGCUGGCCUCGCAGGGCUCGAGGAGCUCGAGCUCAAGUUCCACGCAGCAGACGUGAUGCCCACCCUGCGCGAGUUUGCGGACAUAGUCGCCGCGUCCCCUAAUCUGCGGCGCCUCGCCGUCGUGGGGUGGGGGCCCCGUCUGGGGCCCUCAGACGCCGCGCAGGGCACGACGGACCCCGACUUCGUUAGGGCACAGCACAGCGUUCGCCUACCGAACCUGGAGGAGCUGAUGCUGGGAUAUGUCGACGCGGCCUACGCCGUCGACUUCCUUUCCCUGCUUUGUAUGCCUACGCUGCGCCAUCUCAAGCUGGAAGAUCUCUCGCCUCUUCUCGCCGCCGUGGGCCCGAGGGAAGAUGUUACGCCGUUGCUCGAGUACGCCCUGUGGUUGUACUCGUCCCGGUGUCCGAGAGAAGCUCACUCUAUUAGCUGCUGCACGACCAAGUGCCUACCCCUAUCUACGCUCGAAAGCCUCGAGCUGCGCUCCGUGCGUGUGGCGAGCGGCAGCGCCGGUCCCAUACGGAGACUGCUCCAGGCAUGCUCAUCGCUUCUUCGGCUCCGUUUGACCAAUCUAGACGAUGCAACGCUGUGCGCCUUGUUACCCUCGUUGAUCGACGAGGCACCACAGGACGUGGGGUUAGGUGUAAGCACGAGCGCGAGCACCGGCGGAGGGCUUGUACCGUCCACACUCUGUCCAAGCCUGGAGAGUCUUGAGUGCGCUCACAGCGAGAAACCUGUCCUAGCUAAGCUUUUCCAGAUCUCGCAUGCGGUCGAGAGCCGUCCCGCAUCCCCAAAACGUGUCCAUACUUCAAUUCUAUCUGCAUAGUCCCUGACUCAUAGAGGCCUUCGCCUUCGAAUGGGGCCCCCAGCGGCCUUUCUUUGCCCACAUCGCUCCUUUGCCUUAACUUGCUCCCCUCUUUCCCUAUCGCAUCUCUAUCUCCCAUCCAUCAUAUAUACGGACAAUCGCCUCACUGAUCAUCCAUC